AUGCCCAUCGCCAAGUUCACCACGUGUCUCUGGUUCGACGGCAACGCUGAAGAAGCCGCCCAGUUCUACGUCUCCAUCUUUCCAGAUUCGAAGAUCACGCAUCGACAAUACUACACCUCCGCCGGCGAGGUCCACCAUGGCCAGACACCCGGCAGCCUGCUCAUUAUCGAGUUUGAGAUGAACGGGCAAAAGUUCGCUGGUCUCAACGGCGGACCGCAAUUCAAGUUCAACGAGGCCAUCUCGCUCAUGGUCGACUGCGAUGAUCAGAAGGAAAUCGAUUUUUACUGGACAAAGCUCGGCGAAGGCGGCGAUGUCGCGAGACAGCAGUGCGGGUGGAUAGCAGACAGGUAUGGGCUGGCGUGGCAGGUCGUGCCCAAAGUACUGAAGACGAUGCUGGCGGAUCCGGACCAGGAGAAAUCAGACCGUGUCAUGGAGGCUAUGAUGCAGAUGACGAAGAUGGAUAUUCGAGGUUUGGAACAGGCGUUCAAAGGAGAAUGA